AACGUUUUAGGAGCUGUUGUAGUUGAUUUUUUGUUUUUUUGCCCGAAAAGAGAAUUCGAGAAGAAGUGGAGAGCGCGCGGUUGGAGGCGGACGUUUUCCCGAGGACCGAGCCUGCCGUCCGGACUGCGGACGGGCUUCGAGGGGAGAUUUACGCAAGAUUUUCCUCCGUGCUUUUCCUCGAGGAGAGGCCCUGGUCAUUUUUUUCUCAUCGAAGAGAGAGAGAGAGAGAAGAAGAAAAGAGAAGAGAGUGGUAUCACGUCUACUGUGGAUUGUGGAACUUGGAAGCGACUAUGAUCGUCGGCGGACGGAUCAUUAAAGCACUGCGGCGGAAAGGGCCGGAAUGAGCCGAGCUUCGUUUCAGUCCGUGUCCGACUUCGGUUUCGUCCGCUGUCCUUUCGACGCCAUAUUCCCGUAAAAGCCCUGCUCCGAGGAUCGCCACGCCAAAAACGAGGCCCCGUCUCUCCCGAGGGGAAGAACGAAGAUCAAAACUGGAUUUUUACGUUAGAGACGACCGCAAAUGGCCUGCCUCAUCACUCUGAAGCAAGAGAUCAAAACGUUAGAGGCCGUCUUUCCAAAAACGCACGACCGUUUCCAAAUCGUCUCCGCGAGUGUCGACGAGCUAAAUUGUAAAUUCGUCGGCAGCAAUGGGAAAAAGUACGAGAUAAACGCCAACAUCACCGAAACUUACCCGACGACACCGCCCGUCUGGUUCGCCGAAUCCGAGGACACCAGUGUCACGAAUGCUGUCCAGACCCUGUCGAAAACCUCCGGACCCGACAACCACGUCAUUAGACAAGUAGGAAUCCUUGUGAGGCAAUUAUGCCAACUGCACAGCGUACCAGAGCCCGAGGAGCUCGAAAGGCUAAGGCUCGGUUAUUGGCCAUGUUCUGUUCCUAUGGAAGCCCCUCCGACUCCUCCUCACAACGAUGAUGAGGAUGAGGAAGAUGAGGAGGCAGAUGAUGAUGAAGACCUUCAUCUCGAGAUGGACGAUCCAGAACCACCAAACAAAAAUAAGGCUGAUGACAUGGGAGUUGAACAUCUAGCAGUGCUAGAAAGGCUUAGGCAUACCCAAAGACAAGAUCACCUCAAAGGGUCUGUGUCCGGUUCGGUCCAAGCGACGGACCGAUUAAUGAAAGAAUUACGGGAUAUAUACCGCUCCGAUUCUUUUAAGAAAGGCAUGUACAGUAUUGACCUUGUGAGUGAAUCGCUGUACGAGUGGAACGUCCGUUUAAUGAGCGUGGACCCUGAUUCGCCGCUUCAUAAUGAUUUAAUGGAGCUGAAAGAAAAAGAGGGUAAAGAUUCGAUACUUCUCAACAUGCUUUUUAAGGAGACGUACCCUUUUGAACCGCCUUUCGUUAGGGUUGUUCAUCCUAUAAUUUCUGGAGGUUACGUUUUAGUUGGGGGAGCGAUUUGUAUGGAACUUCUAACAAAGCAGGGCUGGAGUUCGGCAUAUACGGUUGAAGCCGUAAUAAUGCAGAUUGCAGCGACACUUGUCAAGGGGAAAGCGCGGAUACAAUUCGGGGCGCCUAAGGUUGUUGGCCAGGGGCAGUACAGUUUGGCUAGAGCUCAACAGUCUUUCAGAUCGUUAGUACAAAUACACGAGAAAAAUGGCUGGUUCACACCCCCUAAAGAAGAUGGUUAAAAUUCUGUGUGUGUGUGUGAGUGUGUGUGUGUUGUUUUCCCAAUUCGACUCAAAAAGUGAACGGAUAAUAUAUGAACCCUGCUAAAGUGAAUUAGUGUUGUUUAGAAUCGGAUAUUUUUUUAAAUCCCUGUGUAUAUUAUGUUCCCUAAACAAAAAACAAGCUACUUGCAGACAAUGUAAUAAUGUAAUUUAAUACCUUAUAUAUAUAUAUAGUUUGAUUUAUUUGUUCUAUAAGACUGUAACUCACAAAAAAACUCAAGUAGCUUUAUUGUGCUUUAUUUUUUCUUUUUUUCUCUCUUAUCUCUAUCUCUCUAUCUUAUAUCUUUUAUAUUUACAUCUUAUAUGACAGAUUAUUUGUUUCAAUUAUAGCAUAAUUAUUAGCGUAUUCAGUUUGUAUUUGAGAUUCUUGUUUUUAGAACAUAAUAUCUUAGACACAAUAUAGAAUAUUAUACACAUAUUUUACAUCAAUACAUUCUCAUUUGAAAAAAAAAUUAAACUUAUAGUUAGUUAUAAAUUGAAAUACUCAGUUAUAUUUCUAUACAAAAGCUUUUUGUCACCAAUUUUUUCUUAAUAACAAACUGCAAGAAGAAAUUCAAUUUGUUAUAAACAUUAUUGUUUCAGCGAAAUGCCUACAAAAGUUUUUUUUAAAAACAAAAAUAUUAUUUGUAAGAUUAUUUUGAGACUAGAAUAGAAAGAAUUUUGUUUCGGGUGAAACGCUCAAAUUGCUUGUUUAUCAUGAAAAAUGAUUAAGGAAAAAAGUCAUUGUUAAAAUUUUUUUAAGUUUUACCACAUAAUAUUAUUUGUGGUGUUUGUAUAAAUUUAUAUAUAAAAACAUUCAAGUAUAAAAAAAGAACAUUGUACACACUUUGAAGAACUAAUAUACCAUUCGUUCCUGUAUAAAGAUUAUAUGUAUUAGUCCUUGUUCGAAUUGCAUGUAACGAUUCGCUUUUACGAGGGUGCAGGUUGUUAUGCUUUUAUUUCCAAAUUUCCCUCUGCAUAUAGUUACCGUUUUUUGGAUUAAAUGUCGCCAUCCAUCUUUAUUAAUCGGACAUUCCAUUUUUUGUUUGUUUUUGUUUUUACAAACGUUGUGGUAGAACUUGUACAUAGAAGUUUUAUUCUUUCAUACUACAACGUUUUCAUAUAUAUUUCUUUGAAGCAGUACUUCCAGUCCAGUUUUCUCGAUAAAACAAAAACCCAAUGUUUGUAAAUAUUAUUUGUAAGUGGUCAGUGUUUUACUGGUGGUCACUAACUUAAAUAAACGAUUUGUAAAAAAAA